AUAUCAAUUUGUAUAUUUAAGAAUGUUCUUAGAUUCAAAGCUGGCAAACCUUUUAGUCACAAUAAUCAAAAUAUUUAUUUAUUACAAGACUAUCUAUAGUCUAGAAUUAGUAUUUAGUAUAGUCCUGAAUUAUAUUACCUCUCCAAAGCCAUGGAAGUAGAAAAUAUACCCAAAAUCACUAAGUCUAGGGAAGUCGAAGACGACGAGGCCGAGGAUGUUCCGAUGCCCGGAUUCAGAUUCCAUCCGACCGAGGAAGAACUCGUCGGGUUUUAUCUUAAGAGAAAGGUCGAGAAAAAAAACUUUAGUGUCGAGCUUAUAAAACAAGCCGAUAUCUACAAGCAUGAUCCAUGGGAUCUUCCAAAAUGCAGCAUCAAUCAAGGGGACAAGGAAUGGUACUUCUUCUGCCAAAGAGGAAGGAAGUACCGGAACAGCGUCCGACCCAACAGGGUCACGGGUUCGGGUUCGGGUUUCUGGAAGGCCACCGGCAUCGACCGCCCCAUUUACUCUUCCGCCGACGACACAAUUAUCGGCCUCAAGAAGUCCCUCGUCUACUACCGGGGAACCGCCGGAAAAGGCACCAAGACCGACUGGAUGAUGCACGAGUUCCGCCUACCGCCGCCGCUCGUCGCCGCCGCCGCCGCACCUCACCAAGCCGUAUCUUCAAUUUAAUCUCAUUAUUAUAUAUUCCUCCGAUCAUCAUUUUAUUUUUAUUUUAUUUAUAUUUUCAAAUUUUAAAA